CGAAACCGCGGGAGGGAGUUGGUGCUUCCGGGUCGGCGUGUUGUGCUUCCGGGGCGAGUGAGGGAGACGCGGAGGUGGCCGCGCCGGGCAUCGCUCUGGCGCCUUUCCCCGUUCCGCCCGCCAUGAGCUUUUUGAAGCGGCUCCCGGCGCCCAGCGAAGGGGUCCGCCUGCGGCAACCCGACACCGAGGCCGUGCUGGGAGGGCGGGGCCUGGGCACGGGGUGUCUGUACAUCGCGGAAAGCCGCCUAUCAUGGAUUGAGACUUCGGGUCUUGGUUUUUCAUUGGACUACCCCACCAUAAGCUUACAUGCCAUUUCGAGGGACCUGAAUGCCUACCCAUGGGAGCAUCUGUAUGUCAUGGUAAAUGCCAGAUUUGAAGCUGAAGAAUUGAAGGAAGCUCCCAUGGGAGAAGGGGAGGAAGAGAAGGAGGAGGAAGACGAUGACAGUGAUGAUGAGGCCGAACCCAUUUCGGAGUUCAGAUUUGUACCUAGCGACAAAUCAGCUUUGGAAGCCAUGUUCACUGCCAUGUGUGAAUGCCAAGCUCUGCAUCCUGACCCUGAAGAUGAAGACUCAGAAAAUGAUUACGAUGGUGAUGAAUACGAUGUGGAGGCCCAUGAGAUGGGCCAGGGUGACAUCCCGUCAUUCUACACAUAUGAAGAAGGCUUGUCACGUUUAACCGCUGAGGGUCAGGCAACCCUGGAGAGGUUGGAGGGCAUGCUGGCACAGUCUAUAAGCACUCAGUACCACAUGGCUGGGGUGCGGACCGAAGAGUCCCUCAGAGACUUUGAAGAUGGCAUGGAGGUGGACGCAGCACCGGCAGUUGCUGGGCAGUUUGAAGAUGCGGAUGUGGAUCAUUAAGGAGGCUGCGGGCAGCUGUAAGAUUCGGCUUGUGGCCUUCCCAGUACAGGCUGUCCAAGCUUGAAGACGCUCCCACAGGAAUGGCCCUUUCUGUAUUAAUGGCCUAAACAUGGUGAUUUGGGUCUGUAAAUGCUUUUAUAGAUGUGCUUAUAAAGCAAGAUUUGACACUGUGGGGUUCAUUUUCAUAACUUAAAAAAAAUAAUUGUGUCCACAUGGAGAAUUAAUCAUGGCUUAUUACAGAAAGCCUUUAUGAGAAUGCUGGAGAUUAAGGAAUAAAGUUGUACUUAGAACAGAAUUCUAGAUUGUCCUAGAAUAUUCCCCCAUAUUAUUGGGCCUGUUUAUCCAUGGCUGACCGUGUGUGAGGGAAACCUUAUUGUGGUUUUUAAGUGAACAGCCAUGAGAGGUAGUGGGACUGCAAAGCAAAGUGUGAAAUCCCUCCAAGGAAUGGGUUGUUCAAUCCAUUGGAUAUUCUUGUUUGCCAUGGUGGCCCAGUUUGGCAUAGAGAUGAUCUCUCCAAGGGACUAUCCUAGGAAUAAGAAUCUUCCACCUUUACCAAAACAAAAAACACUUGUCCCAACAUGGUUCAAUAAAUAUGAUUUUUGUAACUUACAGCCUA